GCACCCUAGAGCAAACGUUAGACAACCUUUUUUCCCUUUUCUAUAGUCUUGUUAUCCGUUCCGCGGAAAUCAGCCACCGUGGAUCCCGAACGGCAGCCACUUUUACCCCAACCCUCGUCAGCCGAAGACGCACCCAGACCUUCACUCGCUUCUGAUAAACCCCCACGUCACACAAGCGGGGAUCUUGAGCCAUACCAAGCUACGCCGUCGAGCAGCCGGAGCGAAAGCUUCUUAAGGCCUGUGGUGGCCGCGACAGUCUUUCACUCCAGCGACGAACCGUUCUUCGCAAAUCGCAUCAUGGAAAGGGUCAAGAAGUCAAAGGUCGCCCAUUGGGCCAACAAGCUUGCCGUCGAGAACGAGCCUGGCCUCACCACCGCCCAGCUCAUGCUGUACAACCACGAUCUGAAGCCUGUUGAACCUGAGCGCCGACAAUGGAGCGCGUGGAAUUUCGUUGGUUUUUGGGUUGCCGACUCCUUCAACAUCAACACAUGGAUGAUUUCUUCCGCCAACAUUGUCGAUGGUCUCUCCUGGUGGCAAUCAUGGAUUUGCGUUUGGCUUGGAUACUCAAUCGCAGCUUGCUUCGUCUGCAUGACGGGUCGUAUCGGUGCGACAUAUCACAUUUCGUUUCCCGUUGUUAAUCGCGCAUCUUUUGGCAUUUGGGGCGCGCUAUGGCCCGUAUUCAAUCGCGCAGCUAUGGCCAGUAUCUGGUAUGGUGUCCAAGCAUGGAUUGGCGGCACAUGUGUGCGCCUAAUGAUCCGAGCUAUCUGGAACAACUGGCGAAAUGCCGACACUCCUGGAGGAGGAGGUAUUGCCAAUGGCAUCCCCAGUUCUGGUACCAACACUGUCGACUUCGUCUCUUUCUUCCUUUUCUGGGCCGGAUCUCUCCCGUUCAUCUAUCCGCCAGUCCACAAGAUUCGCCAUUUGUUCACCGUCAAGGCCUUCUUCGUACCUACUGCAGGAGUUGCUCUUUUCAUCUGGGCGAUCGUACGAGCAAAGGGACUGGGUCCUAUUGUUAAGCAACCCAGUGAAGCCAAAGGAUCCGAGCUGGGUUGGCUCAUGGUCAAGGGCAUCAUGAGCGCGAUUGCCAACUUCGCCACUUUGAUUGUAAACGACCCUGAUUUUUCACGUUUUGCGAGGAAGCCUUCAGACGCUUUUCUACCGCAGCUGCUUACCAUUCCCAUUGGAUUUGCAGUCACGUCGUUCAUUGGUAUCAUUGUAUCGUCUUCUUCGACCGUCAUCUUCGGAAAUGCCAUCUGGAACCCACUGGACCUGCUCGAGCAGUUUCUCAACGAGGGAGGGUCAGGCCAACGUUUCGGUGUCUUUGUCAUUGCUGCUGCCUUCACCCUUGCACAACUCGGUACCAACAUUGCGGCAAACUCAAUCUCCGCCGGUACUGACAUGACGGCUCUUGCGCCGCGCUGGAUCACUAUCAGACGUGGUGGUUAUAUUUGUGCGCUUGUCGGUCUCGUCAUGUGCCCAUGGAACCUCCUUGCCGACACCAACAGCUUCACCACCUAUCUCUCCGCAUACUCCGUCUUUCUCUCCUCGAUUGCAGGUGUCAUGAUCUGCGACUACUACGUUGUGCGUAAGGGCUUCUUCCAAAUUAAGGACCUUUACUCGGGAAAGAAAACCGGUCCAUACUACUAUACCCUCGGUUUCCACUGGCGCGGUUACGCCGCUUACAUUGCAGGUGUCGCCAUCAAUGUUGUUGGUUUCGCCGGUGCCGUUGGCCGCAAGGUUCCCAUUGGAGCCCAACGCAUCUACGAUCUCAACUUCUUUACUGGAUUCUUGGUUGCCAGCAUCACAUACUGGGCACUUUGCAAGAUCAGCCCCAUCCCUGCUACGAGCGAUGUCUGGAUGGAGGUCGGAGAUGAGAUUACCGAUAUCAGUGUUGCAUAUCAUAGCGAUGAUGGAGAGCGAUACGAUGAGGAAGUCAUGCAUGGGGGCAGUGGAAAAGGCGUCAAGGAGGAUGCCCCAACCAAGCACUUUUAAGUGAUGUUGGAGAUGUUGUGAUUUGUGGACGUUGGUACUAGAUGGAGUUGAUGCUUUGCGGGUUUAAGGGGCGAGAGAUACCAGACCACGCCCGAGGUCACUGUCGUUUUGAUUGCUAUGGAAUCUUUUAUUCUAAACCUUCUUAUUUACUGGUCGUCUUCGCAUGUUCCUAUUUGCUGAAUUAGAGCACUGACGUAAUUACUUCUAGCGUCCAGUAAUUCCCCUUUUGGUAAAGAAUAAGAUGCAUGCAUACA